GCCCGAGCCCAGGCUCCGCCCCUUUCCCCCAAGCAGGAUUGACAGCAGGACGCUGCAGCAGAGAGAAAGACAGGAGAAGAGGACAGAAAACACGGCUUGGGAGGGACAAAUAAGCGAGGCUUUAGUUGACCAGUGUUAAUAAAAGAAGUGUUGAGAGAUGGCAGACAGAGAGCAGCUCAUCCAGAGGGCUCGGCUGGCCGAACAGGCGGAACGCUACGAUGACAUGGCCGCCGCCAUGAAGCUGGUGACGGAGUUGAAUGAGCCGCUGUCAAACGAGGACCGCAACCUGCUGUCAGUGGCGUAUAAGAAUGUGGUGGGCGCUCGACGCUCGUCAUGGCGCGUCACCUCCAGCAUCGAACAGAAGACGGCAGCACAGGAUGGUGGCGAGAAGAAGCUGGAGCUUGUUCGCGCCUACCGUGAAACCAUUGAGAAGGAGCUGGAGGGCGUGUGCCAGGAUGUCCUGUCGCUGCUGGACAGCUACCUCAUCAAGAGCUGUGACGAGAGCCAACUGGAGAGCAAAGUCUUCUACCUGAAGAUGAAGGGUGACUAUCAACGCUACCUGGCUGAGGUGGGCACCGGAGAGAAGCGCGCUUCUGCCGUCGCCGCCUCCGAGGCCGCCUACAAAGAGGCGUUCGACAUUGCCAAAAACAUGGCGCCAACGCACCCCAUUCGCCUCGGCCUGGCCCUCAACUUCUCUGUCUUCUACUAUGAGAUCCAGAACGCGCCUGAGCAGGCAUGCCAGUUGGCCAAGGAGGCGUUUGAUGAGGCCAUCGGACACCUGGACAAUCUGAACGAGGACUCGUACAAGGACUCCACGCUCAUCAUGCAGCUGCUCAGGGACAACCUGACCCUGUGGACCAGCGACCAGCAGGACAGUGAAGGAGGGGAGGCUAACAACUGAGCCGUUCCUCUCUCUGUUAGAGCUCUAGCUAGCUGUAGUUGACGUCGAAUUUCCUCUUAAUAAAUGUCUUCACCUGUUGUUUCUCUUCUA